UCAUCAUCAUCAUCAUCACAUCACCAUCAUCAUCAAUACAAGUAAUAAUAAUAAUAAUAAUGAUGCAUAAAGGAACUCUUGAUAAUAAUAAUAAUAAUUAAUCUCUAUAGUGUCUUAGCAACAAUUAUUAUUAUUAUUAUAAUCCUUAUAUAAAUAAUAAUAAAUAAUCUACCUGAAUGUCUAUCCAUAUCUGACCUUAAUGACUAAUUGAUCGUAGGCAAAAGAGUAUUAUCAUUCUUAUCCAUUGUUCAUAUCAUUUGAUGAAUACUGUGUCAUUUCAAUGUGUGAAGUUUAACCAAAUGUUCUAUUACAGUUAUCUGGGUGGAUAUAAAAUUAUACUCAAACAAGUACUCAGGAAUAAAGAGAAUAUCUAUCAUCUAUUACUAUAAUGGAUCUAUAUAUAUGUAUGCAUAUAACAAAUAGAUAUAUGGAAGAUUGAUUAUAUUGGAUAUUAAUCAUAAGAAAUACAAAUCAAUUUUUGAUACCUUAACAAUUACAAACUAAUGGAAAAUGCUUAAUGGACCAACUGUCCUAUUAAAAAAUAGUACAACAUCAUUAUGUAAUCCAGUAAUCAAUAAUUUAUCAUCAAGAUCAUCAUCAUCAUUAACAUCAACAAAUAAUAAUACUAAUCAUAAUGAUAAUGAUCAAAUUAAACCUGAUCUAUCUCAAUCAUCAUCAUGUUUAUCAACUACAUUAUUUACUAAUUAUUCAAUGCAUCCAAUUCAUAAUCAUUCUAUAUACACUACAAAUCUAUCAUCAUCCAUUAACUAUGAUAAUACUACUACUACUACUACUACUACAUUGAAUCAUCAUAAUCAAGCAUAUCAACUAUCAGAUUCAUUAAAAAGAACCAAUUUCAAUUGUCCUAAUGAUACCUUAUUCAUUAAUCAAAUUGUAAAGGAUAAAAUUAAAUCAUCGGAACAAUUAACAUCAACUAUAAUGAUAAAAAAUGAUGACAUAAUACAGAUUAGACGAAGAUUACCACCAUUAGGUAAAAGUGAUAGUAGUGAAACAGGUCUACAAAUCAAUAAUAAUAAUAAUAAUGAAACUAAUAGUAGUAUUGUUACUACGGCAACUAAAAUUGUCAUUGAAGCUGAUCCUAAUGACAAGAAUAGUAAUAAUAAUGACAAUAUUGGUCAACAUAAAACUAUUGAAGAAGGUAAUAUAAGUAAUGAAGAAAUUACUAGUGAAAAAAUGUUACAAAGUCAAUCAGAUUCAGUGAACAUUGAACAUAAUGAAUUAACAAAAUCAACUAUUCCAAUCUCAUCAUAUUCUAGUCUACGUGAUAUUGAUAAUGAUCAAAAUAUGUGCCGUUAUUGUCAUAAUCGAUUACCAAGUUGUACACAUCAAUUAAAUUUACUUCAACCUACCAUUACCACUACUACUUUUAAUAAUAAUAAUAAUAAUAAUAAUAAUAAUAAUAAUAGUUUAUCGACCGGUAUGAUGGGUACUCGACAAAAAUCCACAUCAGCUAUACCAUCAUGUUCAACAUAUGAGAUUAGACCAAAUACAACAGGGAAAUUAUCAGAGUAUAAGCAUGAAUCUUAUGAUCCUUUAUCUAAUCAUGAUAAUCAUUCUUAUUAUUACAAUAAUAUUAAUCAUCAUAAUGAUAUAGAUAAUAGUAAAUUAUUAUUUCCAGCAAAUUUCUGUCAUGAUAAUUUACAUAUUAUAACACCAAGUCAAUGUUCAAUUAAUUAUGUAACAAAUGUUCAAUGUUCAUCACCAUCAUCAUCAAAUUAUGCAUAUCAUGAGCUCAAUCAAUCAAAUCUUCCGUAUACUACUUCAAUCACCACCACAACAACAACAACUAAUACUACUACUAAUAAUAAUAUAAGUAGUAUAAAUGAAAAUAAUCAUGUACAAAGCUUGAAUUAUCUCUAUAGUGAAACAUUUAAUACUUCAAAUCAUUUGAAUACAUAUUGUGAUAGAAGAAAUUACACAAGGGAAACACUUUUGAUACAUAAUGACAAUAGUAUUGAUAAUAAUAAUAAUAAUAGUAAUAAUCAUACAAAAUCUUGUAUAAAAACGGAUCGAUCUCAUUCCGAGUCCAUAAGUGGACCAUUUCAACGCAUAUCAUUAUAUUUUACAAAUGAUACACAAAAUAAUAAUAAUAACACUAAUAGUAAUAAUGAUAAUAAUAAUAAUAAUAAGGAGAAACCUCAACAUUAUAAAUCAAUUAUUCGUAAUAGUAUUCCAAGUUAUUCUAUUCUACGUGGUACAUUAAGAAGUUAUAUCUCUGAAGCAACAUAUAAAACUAGUAGUAAUCGUAAUAUUAAAACAAUAAAUCAUCAACAUACAAUUACUGUACCAAUAGAUUCAACGAAUUCAUGUCAAGAUUCCUUGAUACCAAUCAAUAAUAAUAAUAAUAACAACAACAAUAACAACAACAACAACAACGGUAGUAAUAAUAAAAGUACCAAACAUACAAAUGAACAUUUUGAUACAAUCAUUGAAGAUAAACAUAAUGAAGAAAUGAUUAUUAACAAUGAAGUAUCCACAAUAAGACGUAGUUUAAAUUCAACAACUAAUACAAAUCAAAUUAUACAAGAUCCAAGAUCAAGAACAUGUUGUUUUUGUUGGUGUUGUUGUUGUUCAUGUUCAUGUAUGCGUGUACGUGCAAAUCUUGGUGAAUCCAAAAGACCAUCUGCAUCCAAUGAUCCACAAUCAACAGUAGAUUGUCAAAUUUCCGAUGAAAAGGUAACAUUAGAAGAAUUAGAGAAAUGGGCAGAAUCAUUUGAUAUAUUAAUGAGAAGUUCAAGUGGUCAGAAAACAUUUCGUGAAUUUCUUCGAUCUGAAUACAGUGAAGAGAAUAUAAUGUUUUGGUUAGCAUGUGAAGAUAUUAGAAAAGAAAGUAAUUUAGAGAUUGUAGAAGAAAAAGCUCGUAUUAUUUAUGAAGAUUUCAUUUCAAUAUUAUCACCACGUGAAGUUAGUUUAGAUUCACGUGUACGUGAAAUAAUCAAUUCUAAUAUGAUAGAACCAACACCGCAUAUAUUUGAUGAAGCCCAAUUACAAAUUUAUACCUUAAUGCAUAGAGAUUCAUAUCCACGUUUUUUAAAUUCUAAAUUAUAUAAAGAUAUGAUUGAAGAAAUGAAGAAUGGACAAAGUUGAUUAUAGAUGGUCUAUUUUGAAUUUUUAACAAAUGUAACUUGUAUACAUUGACAUUCACACUUACACUGUCACAUUCACACACACACACCUACAUACAUACAUACAAAUGAAACCAGUCAACUAAUGAGGAAGUAAUUCUAUCCAUCUUAAUCUCUUGCUCUCUUGCUCUCUCGUUCGCUCUUUCUUUCUUUAUCCCAUGAUAAUGUGGUGAUAAGUUUUCAAUCAAAAAUGAAUGUUGAUAAUUGAAAAUUAUCUCUUUCAGUUUUCAUUCACAUUCUCUAUCUCCCUAUCUCUUUCGCUCUCUCCCUCUCUCUCUCUCUCUCACUAUCUCAGUCUCUAUUUGUCGCUCCGUUGCUCUCUCUGCAGAGUUUACAAUGAAUUUUGUUUGAUAAACUUUCUUUUUUGUAACUGGUCUGUUUUAAAGGUGAAUUAUUCUGGUUUUCGUCUCGUUUCUUUUCUUAAUUAUUCUCAAUCACUAUUGUUACUGUUACUACCAUUACUACUACUGCUACUAGUACUAAUACUACUUAUAUUAAUAUUAGUAGUAUUGUGUAAACUGUAUAUAAUUAGAUGUAAUCCUUUGAAUCAAAAUGCAAAAUCAUGUCCUCAGUGAAUAAACUAUUCUGUUAAUAUCAUUAUACUUCUAUCAUUAAUACUACUUAUAAUAUAAGCAAGUUGUACUUAGGAAAGCCACUACGAUACCAUAUAGAUAUAUAUAUAUAUAUUGUAAUAUGAUGCCCAACAUUCGUAAUUUGACUGACUGGUGUCCACUCAUUCCAACAAUUUGUUUUCUAAUAUUAACAUUGUCCUGUUCAUGAAGUUACACAAAUACACACACACACAUGAGCACAAACGAACACAUACACAAAACCAAAUGGUAAUUUCUUUUUUUUAUUAUUAUUUUAAUUAUUGAUGUCGUACGAUUCAUUCAACACAGGCUGGUUCCUGUAUCUCGUGAUCUUUCUUUAUGUUUGAUUUGAUUUUAUUGUCUCAUUGUAUGUAUCUAUGUAUGUACGUUUGUUGUUUCUUUUUAGAGGGGGUCUGUUGUUGUUAUUAUUAUCAUUAUUACGGUAGUGAUUAUGAGUGUUUGUCCUGUUUAUUUGUCCCUCUUCAGUUGUCCUUUUCUUUUCAAUAUUAGGCAUACAUUAACCUAUUUAAAUAAGAUCGAAUGGAUUACAUCAUUAUGUUUAUUCUAUUUUUAUUCUUUAUUCAAUCAUACUAUACUUUUCCUUAUAUUAAAAUUAUUUAUUUUUUAUUGUUUAAAUUUUGUUUAUAUUCAUGAUGAUUUUUCAAACAAACAAACAAACAAACAAACAGAAACGAUUGAACAUUGAAAAUUGUUCAUUCUGAUGAGAUGAAUAAGAUUUAUGCCAAAAGAAAAGAGAAAGAGAAAAAAGAAAAGAAAGAAAAAGAAAAAAGAGAAAAAAGAAAGCAAAAAAAGAAAAGAAUGAGAAAGAAAAAGAAAAGAUGAAAGAAAAAUGUUUGUUUAAAUGAACUUUACUACUAUUAUUAUUAUUAUUAAUUUUUUGAUAGAAUCUAUCAAAAAAAAUCUAUUGUAUUUAUGAUUGUUUCAUAAAAUUGUAAUGAAUGUUUUUUUAAUGUGUAUUCAUUGAACAUUGACAAUAGUUGUU